AAGGGUACCUCCAGUUUCGGAAAGCGUCACAACAAGACGCACACGCUGUGCAGGCGUUGCGGUCGUCGCUCCCUCCACAUCCAGAAGCACACCUGCUCCUCUUGCGGCUACCCUGCUGCUAAGACCAGGAAGUUCAACUGGGGCGAGAAGGCCAAGCGCAGGAAGACCACUGGUUCUGGCCGCAUGCGCUACCUCAAGACCGUCAACCGCAAGUUCUCCAACGGUUUCCGCACUGGCACCGCUCCCGGCGCCAAGGGUCCCAAGACCGCCUAA